AUGUCCAGCAUAUUAAUGGAAGCUGGCACACCGUGCCCGCGGCGUUCGAGAACCAGCAAUGAUAGCGUCCCGUUGGAUAGCCUGUGGGACGAGACUCUCGGAAAUGACGACGAUACGAGCACCAUCGAUUUCACGACUGAAAUCAGGGCCCCAAUCUUAGGAGCCAAACCGAAACGGCGGGCGAGGACUACCACAUCGUUCGCCAUACACAGUGACAUUGACGAGAAACACGUCCAACCGAAGAGGGAGACCAAGCCGGCAGGUGGAAUUGUGUCUUCAAAUCGAAAAUCGUCUUUGCUCUCACAGCCUGCACAGCGGUUCCGUCCACGGCCCAGGGUGAGCUUUGCACCUAGUCCGUUCAAGCAUUCCCAACAGCGUGCCGAAAAUGAGCCUGAGAAGAGAAGCGCAAGGCCGGUUGCGCAGAGAAAUAACGAACUGCUCAAACGCAUCAGUGGGAGUGACAAGGCUCUGGCUAGAGAUGAGUUGAAGGGUGUACGGCGAACGACGGCCUAUCUGCCCCCGGAGGAUAUAACUGCGGCCAGUGUGUUCAUGGGCAUAUUCAGCCCGCUUAAAUCCGACCGUGUCCCUCUGCAACCAAGCUCCAAGAUUGCCCAAGAGACGUGCAGCAAAAUUGACAUUCCCGGCAAAAAUGGCGGCAAGGAGAACCUACCCCCGGGAAUGGAAUUUCUCGAAGUCAAGAAAAAGACCAUCAACGACGAGUCUUUGAGCGAUCAGAUGGGCCACUUGACGCUGGCUGAGAGUAAGCCUAGCAAACCUCUUGCGGCAAGAUCCGUCAAUGAGCCCGCGAAGAAGGUUAGCAGCAAACCCGCCGUCAAGGGACCAGUUUCAAGUCUCGUUGUUGGUACACAAAAAUUGACUACUCGAACCAAGAACCGAGCCACGACUUCUAACUCUUCGAACCCCUUGAAGGCUUCAAGAUUAGGCGUGGAUACUCACGUGCGGAAUAACUUCGACCAUGAGUAUCCAUUAGCUUCUGCGAGUAUCACGAACCCUGCUGUGUACGAUGACAAUUGGAUCUCUCACCAGGAGGCUAUCCUAGCCCAGUUGAUCAAUGGUAUAUUUAACCACGCCAAGAGUGAGCCUUCCGACUCUGCUGAAUUUCGAAAUGAGCUUCUGGGGAUCUACCAGGGGCCAUACUUCACAAACCUCCACAGGAGACUCCAGGCAUCGCUGGUGUACGGCGCGUUGUCCAUUCCAAAGGACGUUCUCCUCAAGAAUAGCCGGCUACGGCAAGACCUGGGAAUGAAGCGCAAAUUCAUCGACAUCUUGCUGAAGUCCUAUGAGCCGAACGCUCUGUGGUCUGCAUUGGAGGCCGUCACUGGUAGGAUCCUUACUCCCAAGAAGGGCUCCAGUACCCUUAACCGGCCGGCGAAUGAACCCCCCGUGCACGAGAAAGCUUCAACGAAGAGACUCGCGAGAUGCCUGGACACUUUCUUGAUACAGAAUCAGGAUGUGGACCGAAGCAACAGUGAGCUUGGCGCGACUGGCGAUGAAACACUGGCCGAUGCAUAUCGCAGAACUGUUCUGCGCAGCAUGAUGAUCAUCGUUCUUUUGGAUAAAGCUAGAAUCUCACCUAAAACAUCACUUUCCGGUUGCUUGUUUCUCACUUCGUCGCCAUACAAGUCUUCUUUUGCUGUGCUCCAGGCGCUGACCCGAUUCUUGCUACCCUCAUGCGGAGACGUUGGUAAGGCUCUUGCUCAGCUCGACUGCCAGUUGGCCUACGAGCAGCAUCCGCUCGAAGAGUACAAGUACGAGAUCUCGAACCUCGCUGUCGAUUUGAGGGACGGUGUCCGACUAGCGAGACUCGUCGAACUGCUGCUCUAUCCAUCAUCUUAUACAGUGCCCAGCUCAGACUCUCAAUGGCCAUUGUCUCGGCGUCUGAAAGUCCCAUGUUUGAGCCGUAUAGUGAAGAUGUCCAAUGCAAAAAUCGCACUAGAAGCAUUGGCUUCAACGGAAGAAGGAAGAACGCUCGUUACCAAUGUCCGCGCCGCGGACAUCGUUGACGGACACCGAGAAAAGACCAUUGCACUUUUAUGGGGCCUUGUUAGCAACUGGGGUCUAUCUGGCCUAGUUGACUUGGACGACUUGAAGAAGGAGAUUGAUCGAUUGAGACGGAAGGCUAGUCUUAGAAACGAACCUGAAGACUUCACGGGAGAGCUUGCUAGAGAUGAUGGACCUGCUUCGCUACUUAGGCAAUGGGCAUUCCUCGUCGCACAGCUUCGAGGCCUCCACGCAGAAGAGUUCACGACGGACAUGGCGAACGGCGAAGUCUACGAGUGUAUUCUUGACGAAUACGAAGGGUGCGCCUCGACCCAGACCGCUUCCACGGAAGAUAGCGAGUCCCUACCGAACCGCCUCCUCGCCCUAGGCUGCAGCGCCCAAUUCAUCAACUUACUCUCCGGAUCAAAAACUUAUAUUCUGAACAAUUCUUCCACGACCGGAGCCCUAGCCUUCCUAUGUUCCCGCCUCCUUCCAGCCGCCAAGCGAGCCCGUGCUGCAACAGUCCUCCAAAACGCAUGGCGCCGGGCCCUUGAGCGCCGAGACGCAAGGAAACGGGCCAUGGCCAGAGAUGUUGCGAGGCAGUGGCGUGAUUGUGCAUUGGUGGAGAAUGAACCGGACGAAAGGGAGGAAGGGGAGAAUUACCGCUUUGUCCAAGCAGACGACAACGACAACGGUCAUGUCCAGAAGGCAGUCAAGGAUACCUGGGAGAAAGUCUACCAAGAUCCCAAUGCGUUGCCUGAGAUAGCCGAACUUUUGAAACUUGGCGAAUGCAGUGAAUACAACGCUGGGGGACAGCUGGGCUGGGCAUGGGGUAGCGGCUCGGUACACCCCUUGCCCAGGAUUAGGGCUCCGUCCAAGAUUGGCAAGCAGGUCGAUACAUAUACGUUAGUCCCCAAACCCGCCGUGUGCCCGUCAAAUCCCGUCCGAACAUCUGAAAUUCUAUCCGAACAUCUUCAGCAAGCACCUUCCCGCGACCUGGCACCUUCCCUCGGGACACUGGGGACCUUAGUCCCAGCCAUCUCCGCCACCUCUAUUACCACCAACAACAACAAAACUGGUCCUUGCACGACCCCGACUUCAAUACCGCCAUCGCCAUCAACGUCACGGAUAAGACUAUCGUCGUGCCCGAGUACGUGCGCUACACGGCGGCGGCCUGGACGAACAACCUGUGCCGUUGUUGCGCCUACACUCGUCACCCCGGAUCCAUGCAGAGUUGAGGUUGAUGCGACGCUUGAGGAGAGCGUGCGGGCUUCGUUCCGGGCGCGAUUGUGCAAUGGGUUCUACGCGCCGGAUGAUUGUCCUGAGGAUGAGGAUGAUGAGAAUUCUGGCGAUUGGCGGUUUCAAGGGCGUGGGCUUUGGCUUGGGGCUGGGGUUCUCUGGGGCUCUAAGGGUCUUUGGGGGGAUGUGAUGGUUCUAGUUUGUUGA